AUGGUCUUCAAGAUGAGCAACAGAUUGGAGGAGAAGGAGUACAACAACAAGUCGAUGCUGGACACGCUGCGGGCGACGCGGGAGAGCGCGCGGCGCCCCCCCGAGGGGCGACGGCGACGGCGACGGCGAGAGCGACGCCGGGCUCAGCGACGAGGAGAGCGAGCUGUACAACCCCAACUCGAGCACGUGGCCGCCCUGGCCAGGUGGGCGCAGACGGUGGAGCUCACCAACGCCCACCUGAGCCUGCUGCAGGACAAGGACAUGGACGGCAUGCACGUGACGCAGCGCUCGCGGACGCCCAACGCCGCCCCGAGCGAGGGCCCGCCGGAGGAGGCGCUGGGGCCCGCCGACUCCGCCGCCCGGUGCGCCGAGGGCAAGGCGCGGCCCCUGCCCGCGGGCGGCGGCCGCGACGCCGCCAAGAAGUGCUCGCCCACCAUCUUCGAGUUCCUGGCGGAGCUGCGGCGCGCCUUCGCCUGCCUCGUGCGGAUCCUGCUCGAGGGGCGGAGGGCCAGGUGCAAAGGCCGGGCGCGGCAGGAGGACGAGGCCGGCUGGGAGGCGGACGAGGACGAGGACGAGGACGACGAGGGCGAGGGCGGCGAGGGGCGGGCGGCGUCCAGCCUGACCUUCAUCUUCUCCCAGUGCGUCGGCUGGAUCGUCUGCUGCUUCUUCGCCGCGAUGUGCUGCAUGGUCCUCGUCGUCAGAGGCUCGAGAAUGCCAAUGGACUACUGCGCCGUGUGGCUUCACAUUAUCUACAUGACCUUGUGCUUUUCGAUGUUCGUCAUGCAGCUCUGGUCGUGGUCAUAUACACUUUAUACAAGGUACACGAGAGAACCCCUUGGGCAGAGCACUUAAGUCUUGUGCAAUUUG